AUGCCCUCCACAGACGGCGUCAAGAAGAACAACGGGUUCGACUAUUCCACCUACAAGGGCUACGAUGAGAACGGUGAACUGCCUGCCAAACGGGUCAAGGGAAACAAAAAGAUCAUUCUAAAUGCUUUUGUAAUGUUCACGCCUAACCAUCUCAACUUUGGACUGUGGAGACACCCCGAACACUCGGACUAUGCUCGCAACUUUGCCAAGAUGAAACCCUGGCAGGACCUGGCGAAGAAACUGGAGGCCGCCAAGUUCCAUGCUGUGUUUGUGGCCGAUCAUCUGGGAAUCUACGACAUUUACAAGGGUGGAAAGGACUUUGAAGCUUUGGAAAAGAAGGUCCAGUUCCCCUGUCAUGAUCCUCUAUUUCUAGUACCCACCAUGGCUUCUGUCACUGAACAUCUUAACUUUGGAAUCACCGUAUCCACUACCUACACUCCUCCGUUCACUCUGGCUCGUCAAUUUUCUACCCUGGACCAUCUCACUGAUGGACGAGUUGGCUGGAACAUUGUUACCUCCAACUCAGACUCUGCCGCCCAUAACUUCAAUCUUGAGAACCAGGUGGCUCAUGACGAUCGAUACAAGCUGGCGGACGAGUACAUGGAUGUCGUCUACAAGCUGUGGGAGAGCUCGUGGGGCGAAGGGGCUGUCAAAAAGGGGCUUAAGACAGACACCUUUGACACCUCCAAAAUCAACUACAUUGACCAUGAAGGCGAGCAUUUCAAGGUCAAGGGUCCCGCUGUGACUCUACCUUCUCUGCAACGAACCCCAGUGUUGUUCCAGGCAGGCAUGUCUUCUGCUGGUCGAAGUUUUGCUGCCAAACAUGCUGAAACGGUUUUUGUGUCUGCUCCAAGCCCCCAGCUGGUCCGUCAGACGGUAGAUGCUCUUCGAGCGGCUGCCGGAGACCGCCAGAUCUUUGUCGUCUGUACUCUGCUGGUCAUUGUCAAGGAGACUCAAGAGGAGGCCGAGCGGUACUACAAGGAGCUCAAUGCUGCAGGGGACAAGGAAGGAGCCCUCGUUUUCUGUUCUCAAAUGUUUGGAGCAGAUCUGACUGCGUUCCCACCUGAUCUGGACCUAAGAGAGGGCGAUAAUCCUCAGGUUGCUCGUGGGGUUGAUUUAUGGGCCUCUCAAACAGACACCAAGGACGAACUAUGGAACGUGGAGCGUGUUGCCAAUGAAUACACCUUGUCUGGACGAGGUGGACUUGCCCUGGGAGACGCUGAGUCUGCCGCUGACGUCAUUGAAGACUGGGUUGAGAUUGGGGACGUCGAUGGCUUCAAUUUGAGUCACGCUGCAUUUCCAGGCACCUACGACGACAUUAUCAAGUAUCUGAUUCCGGAGCUGCAGGCCAGAGGUCGUUUUCACAAGGACUAUCCUGAGGGGGAGGAUACUUUCAGAGAGCUGCUUUACGACACCCCUGGAGACCCCUACCUUCGACCCAACCAUUAUGGGCAUAGUUUUAAGGCGUAG